AUCCGGAUCGGCUGUUUCUGUCUGAUCCGGAUCGGUUGUUUCUGUCUGAUUCAGAAGGUCUCUCCGCUCAGAUCCAACAUGGCGGCCCCCGCAGCUUCGCAUGAGCUCCUGGCGGAGGUGGUGAGAGCGGUUCUUCACUCUUGGCCUGUUCUACAGAUCGCCGUGGACAACGGCUUUGGGGGCGUGUACGGCCAGCAGAAAGCUGAUUGGAUGGUGGAUGUCGUCCAGCAGUACUUUCAUGACAAUGCUGACCUGCAGCAGAGCGAGGUCGAGGACUUCGUUGCUCAGCUGAUGGAUCAGGAGUUUGACACCGUGGUGGAUGAUGGGAGUUUACCUCAGGUGUGUGACAGUCUGAUACAGGCGUUCAGUCAGUGGCAGCAGGGGGCGCUGCAGCAGCUCAAACACACCCUCAACACUCUCACUCAUAAGAAAGGUCAGAGGGCAAAGGUUACAGCUCCGCCCACACAAUCCGAUGAAGACAGCAGUGAUGAAACGCAGGUGAUGGAGUGUGACCCUGCUCCAUCGGCCAGCAGCACAGAGCCUCCUCCUCCUCCACCUGCUGACGGAGAACCAGGCUGGACGGUGGUGCGUAAGAGGAAGUGAAGAAUGAACUGUUUGGAUGUUUUUAUAUUAAAGCUGUUGGGUUCUCG